AUGGGUGGAGUUCAGAUAAAGAUUGAUCCUGACUGGAGCCAAACGUUUGCAUCGACAACGUCGUUAUUACCGAAAAAGAUCGAACCCAAGUUGGAAAUUGAGUUAAAAGAGGCAAAAGCGACUGGGCCCUAUUCGGUUUACGAAUUCGCAACAAAGGCCGCCUACGACGCGUGUGACCUGACGGAUGCGACGAAUGACGACGCAUGCCGCUCUGCUGCGCUGCCGACAGCCCCUCUUCCGAGCCGGCGCGUGGCGGCGAGCCGCGGCCAGUAUCGCUGGUGCGGUGGAGGCGGCAGCUUGCAUCGGCCGGCAGUGAGAGCGGCCAUCACGUCGAUGAGGGGGGGUUGUCGGCGACUCGUGUGGCUCGAGGCCUACGCUGCGCCGCCCAAGCCCUACUGCCGAUCCAGCGCCUGGCGUUUGGGGCGAGCCGCGGUCGUCGUCGCUGAUGGGAGGAUGUGGCCUUGA